AUGGAUGGGCAGACCAUGGGUUCCAUGGGUUCCAUGGGUUCCGUCGGUUCCAUCGAUACCCCCGGCAGCCUCCCAUCACCGCUUACGUCCUCCCUCCACGGCGCGCCUGCGCCGUUUUCCUUUCCGGCGAGCAUCGCCCAGAUGGCCCAGCAGCUUGAGGGCUGGCGCGGGAUGCUACCACCUCACCUGCGCUGGCAAGAGUCGCGACCGGCCGACUUUCCCAGCGCCGGCGCCUCGGACGACCUUGUCGUUGUAGACGGCGACUCGGUGGACGAGGACAUGGUCGGCCCUUCGGCUACGGCGAGCUCCUCAAUGACCUCGUCAAUGACCUCCUCGAUGGGGUCGUCCAGCACAUCCGCACUUGCUUCGACCUCCACCCCGAUUUCGGCUACCACGUCCAUCCACUCCUCGGCCACGCCGGCGCCACCCGCACCACCUGCACCACCCACGGCCACCAUGUUCUCGGCCGAUCUCGACGCCACGCCCGUAGCGUACCCCUUCGCCCUCGAUCUGCAGGUCGCGCUCCUGCGCUCCCGCUAUUACUACACAAAGUACCUGGUGUACAAGCCGUGUCUGUACAAGGCCAUGCACCACCCGGCACAGCUCUCGCACGACGACGCCGCCGGUGCCGCGGCCUGCUUGCAAGCGUGCCUGUCGUGGCCCAUUGCCAUGUCGCCGACGUGCACACGCAAGCGGCUGGUCCCGUGCCUCUUCUUCUACACGCAGAACUUCCUCGGCGUCCUGCUCGUCCUCCGCCUCGCCCAGCAGCUGCCCAUCCUGCAGCGCAUCACGGCCACGCUGUGCGGCGGUGAGCAGUUUGCGCGGGCGGCACGGACGACGACGGCGCUGUGCAUUGCAUGGCUGCGUGAUCUGCGCGGCGUUGAUCGGGCGGCCGAGUGGGCGUGGUCCGUGGUGCAGGCCCUGUACAUUGUGGAAUGA